AUGGCAGCAUUACCAGCCAACACAGGGAGUAGAGGGAACAGAGUGGACGAGAGACAGAGACCUGAGCUCAGUCUGGCUCCUAUGAGAUACUGGACAGUCAACAGGAUGUGCCUGCUGCUGUGUUGCUCCUGCUCUGGAUGUGUCUGCUGCAGCUCUGAGAGGAGGAACCUGGAGCUCAUUAGUCAGCAGCUACGUUCCUCCUCACAUCACUAAAUAGGGAGGAAGGUGCAUUCCAGUCAGAUGUCCGUGUGGGGUUGAUGACCUAUGACAGCCGGAUCCACCUCUAUGACCUCAGCCCUGCCCUGUCCCGCCCACACAUGCUGGUCGUCACGGAGACAGAGGACCUGCAGCUUCCUGUGAGGGAGGGGCUUCUGGUUCCACUCAAAGACUGCAUAGACAGUAUCAACAGUGUCCUGCAGCGUAUCCCUCUGUUCAGUGCAGAGUUUGAGGAGGCCAGUGAAGUUCUCCUGGAGCUGCCUGUCAAGGCUGGACUGGCCCUUCUACAGGAGGUGGGUUGUCCUGGCAAGCUGCUGGUCUUCCAAACUGCUCCCUUCACCGAGGGAACACACACACACAACUCCUCUGGCUUCUUCAGCUCCAACAAACCAAAGUCUCUGUUUCAGCCUCCGGACCCUGCUGUCUCAUUGGCUAAGGAGUGUGUCAGUCAGGGCUGUGGCGUGCACCUGUUUGUGUUCUCCCAGCAGGAUGUGGGCGGGGCUUGGCCGGGACAUGUUCCUUACCUGACAGGUGGAGAGCUGCACUGCUACCACAGUCUCCAGGGAGAGUUGGACAGGGAGCGUUUCAGCUGUGACCUGAGGAGGACUGUAGAGACAGAGACGGGCUAUAGGGCCACACUCAGGGUACAUGUCAGUAAAGAUCUGCGCGUGUCAGGGUGUUAUGGCUCGUUCGUCCCCGGGCCCAACCCCGCCCACGUCGCCAUGGCAACCCUUGAUUGGCGGACGACACUGGCUGUUGAGUUAACACACAGCAGAGCUCUGGACGAAAAGAGGGGCGUGGUCGUACAGACCGUCCUGUCCUACACCAGCCAGCAGGGAGAGAGGAGGACCAGGGUCCACAGUCUGUCUCUGUGCUGCUCACACCACCUACUGGACACCUUCUGUAACUGCCAGGCCCAGACUCUGCUCACCUUCUACUGCAAGAAGAUGUACUGUGCCGUGUUGGAGCGCCCUCUACAGGAGCUGAGAGAGGAACUGCAGACAGAGGUAACAGAGUCCUUGGCCUGCUAUAGGAAACACUGCAGCGCCUCCUCUGUGUCCCCAGGACAGCUGGUCCUACCCCAGUACCUGAAGACCCUGCCAGUCUACCUCAACAGCCUGAGGAAGAGUGAAGUUCUGCUACCCGGCCUCCGCAGCUCAGUACACCAACGCCUGCAGCUCCGCUGUCAAGUGGUCUCCAUGGAUACCAAGACCACAGCAGGACACUUCUACCCUCUGCUGCUACCACUGCCAGUAGGUGGCGAUACCUCCAGUCCUCUCAGCCUAGGGGAGGCUGUUCGCUGCACUGCUGCUAGCCUGGACCAUGGAGGUCUCUACCUGGUCCACGGACCCCUGGUUCUGCUACUCUGGGUGGGCCACAACGUCUCCAACACCUCCCUGGUCCAACUCUUCAACAUCACCUGUCUGUCCACACUACCCUCUGGAGAGACGAAGCUGCCUGUGCUGGACAACCCUCUGUCUGUUAGUGUGAGGUCACUCAUCAACACCCUGAACUCACAGACACACUAUACUCGCAAGCUGCGUGUGGUGAAGCAGGGGGACAGCUGUGAGGAGGCUCUACAGCGCCUCCUGGUAGAAGAUAAGAGUCCCAACGGGGGAGCGAGCUACGCUGACUUCCUGUACCACCUCCAUGUCAACUCUAUACAACUGUUGGUUCGUUAGUUGUAAAAUGUUUUGAACUGGAAACGCAAACGUUGGUUUCUUAUUGGACAAGUCCAGCUAAUCCCUCCCAUGUUUCACUCAGCUUUUCUUCUGUUUGGUGCCUAAUGAACAUGACCCUGGUGUUUUCAGCAGUAUGGCCAGGGGUUUUACAGAUCACAUCUGAUUCACAUCACAACUGGUUGUUAUACUUGAGGGCAUCAGCAAAUGGUCAUGUCUUAUUUGUUUGACCGUUGUAUUAAUAACUUUUCAAAUCAAAUAACAUGUUAUUGGUUAGCAGAUGUUAUUGGUCACAUACACAUGGUUAGCAGA